AUCAACAACUUCCACAACCCAAACAAACAUACAAACAAACAAUCACCAAAAAUGCAUGAACUCUCCAUCCUCUCCGCCCUCGGCAUCUCUCUCCUCGCCUCCUUCUCCUUUCCCCUCGCCCUCACCCACCCCACAGCUUCAGCUUCAGCAUCUCCAAAUUCAAUCGCCACACUCUCCAGGUCCUCCCUAGUCACUCCCCCCCUCUCUCUCGCUCUAACUCCCCCUCUCCCUCACAACAACAACGACCACAGCAACGACAACAAUGAAAUGAUGAUAACCGGCAACUUCUCCCGCUCCUGCGCCCAAAUCACCCUCAUGAACGGGUACUUCCUUGCCGCGACUUGUCGGCCUAUCGAGCCGGCCGACGACGUCUUUGGUGGCCCAGAGGAAGAACAUGAACAAGUGGAAGGGAAUCAAUCCCCAGAGGAGGAAGAGUUCAACCAGCUCGACCUAAAUCUGUGUAUCGGGUUCGACCAGGGGAGUGGUGGCUAUAUCCCUGGGAAGUUAAUCUGGCAGGUUUUAGGCAAAUUCGCAAACUACUGCACUGAUUGUAACCUCACAACAACAACUGUCGGCCUUCCGGUGCGCCUGUCUGAACUCAAGUGUAGCUGUGUCCCGAUGACGGCGGCGGCGGCGGUGGGUUCUGAUGCUACUGUUAUUACCGUCUUGGACCUUGACGAAGGCGUGGAAAACAGAAAUGGUACACUCGUUUGCCGUGGCGGAAUGGGGUCAGGAAUCGGUCCUGGUCCUUUUCCUGCCUAUGACCGAGGAUCAGACUGAGGAGGGAAAAGUGUGGGAAGAGAGCGAGACGGACGGAUCCUUCUGCCGGUUGUACCUGUGACGCAGGCGAUGCAAGUUCAAACUUCUCCAGUGCAUCGCGAGUCAAAGCACAUUAUAUGCACACACACUACACAGUAGUGAGCUCCUUGAAUUUUGGCGUAACGUC